ACUCUCGACUCGUACUUUGAUCGACAUCCGACCCAAUCAUAUACCAUAUACCACACUUUCUCUGGUCAUACCAAUAAUAUACAAACCUGCAGACCUCGACAAUAACAAAAUUGUCUUGACCAGUGCCGAAACGCGAACAAGUCUUCCAUCAGCUCAGCUCGUAUACCAAACACCCAAGAUGUCGCUCCCCAACUCUGGUAACCCGUCUCCUAUGGAGACGAUGGCCAAGGAACGAGUCAACAUCCCGUUCGACAUCCGCAAGAUGGGCGUCAUCCUGCACGGCUCUGAAGAGUCGCUCGCCCUCAAAGAACGGUUCAUGCUCGAAAUGUCUCGUGACCCGGUCAUGCAGCUCAGAGACGUGCACGACCUGAGCAAAGACGAAUUGAGGGAGAGGACAAUGGAGAAGAUCGCCGAGAUGAGGCAUUAUGUCAAGACCGAGGAUAGCAAGACGUUUGCUAGGCGUUGUCAGACGGUUGGCUUGUCAGAUGCAGGCUUUCAGACCAGGUUUGGAGUGUCAACCGGUCUGUUCCUGGGUGCGAUUAGGAACGGUUCGACCAAGGAGCAGUGGGACUACUGGGUGAACAAGGGUGUGCUUCAGAUGCCUGAGCGAAUCAUCGGUUGUUUCGGAAUGACCGAACUCGAGCAUGGAUCGAACGUCGCCGGACUGUUGACCACGGCCACCCUCGACAAGAAGACGGACGAGUUCAUCAUCCACACCCCAAACCUGGGAGCGACCAAAUGGUGGAUCGGUGGUGCCGCUCAAUCAGCGACGCACUGCUCCGUCUUUGCCCAGCUCAUGGUGGACGGAAAGCGGUACGGUACCAAGACGUUUAUCGUACCCAUCCGGGAUCCCAAGACGUUCAAGACGUUGCCUGGCAUCUUGAUCGGGGACAUUGGCAGAAAGAUGGGUCGGGACGGUGUCGAUAACGGCUACCUCCAGUUCUCUUACGUCCGUGUGCCUCGAGACUACAUGAUGAUGAAGUACACCCAGGUCUCCAAGUCAGGAGAGGUCACGGAUACCGCCGCACCUCAGAUGGCGUACGGGGCUCUGAUCUCGGGCCGUGUGGGCAUGGUCACCGAUUCCGCCGUCAUUGCCAAGAAGGGCCUCACCAUCGCCAUUCGAUAUGGUAUCGUUCGUCGUCAAUUCAGCGCAGGGAGCGACGACAUCGAGACCCAGAUCCUCGAUUAUCCGAUUCACCAACGGCGACUCAUGCCCCUCAUGGCCCAGGCGAUCGCCAUCGGAUUCGCGAGCAUGACCUUGCAGAAAAAGUACGAAGACGUCAUGGAAUCCCGAUCGCACCUCGGUCCCUCGCAACUCGACCCGGCCAACCAUGCGGCAGAGAUCAAGGAGCUGCACGUCAUGGCAGCCGGUCUCAAGGCGUUUAGCACGUGGGCGUGUCUAGACAUGCUGGAAAAGUCUCGACAGACCUGUGGAGGACACGGAUAUUCGGCCUACUCGACGUUCCCUCAAUUGAUCUCCGACUUUGCCGUCCAAUGUACCUGGGAAGGAGAUAAUACCGUCCUCAUGCUUCAAUCCGGUCGAGCGCUCGUCUCUUACCUAGAAGACGUCAAGAAAGGCAAAAACGUACCGGAUGGCGUGGCCUACCUCAAGACCGCUUCAUCGUCGUCUGGAAGCAAGUCGGAUGGAUCCCUCAGCUUGAAGGACAUCGAACGAGGGUUCGAAAAGGUCACGAGCGGGGCUGUGGAGGAUGCGUACGCCGAGUACAGCUCGUUCUUGAAGAAGGGACAGAACAAGGAAAAGGCCUUGGAGAGCUGUUCGAAUUUGCGAUUUGUCGCGGCUCGUCUGCAUUCAAUCACUUGGCUAUUCAAGAACUUUGUCACGGCACUCAACAAGACACCUGCCGGUCCCGAGCGCAAAGUCUUGGAGCAAGUAUGCCGCUUGUACGGAUUGUGGCAAGUCGAGCUCGAGGCCGCCCAGUUCUUGAGCUCGGGGUACUUUGGAAAGGAACACCUCGCCAAGAUCCAGACCGAGAUCAACGACCUAUGUCUGGCCAUGCGAAAAUGCGCCAUCCCAUUGACCGACGCGUUCUUCAAUACCGACUUCAUCCUCAACAGUCCUCUGGGUCGAUACGACGGAGACGUGUACAAUGCCUACUUUGAUACCGUACGACGAGCGAACCCAGCUGGACCCCACCCAUACUUCGACCGGGUGAUCAAGCCCUUGUUGGAAGCGCCGCCUGUGAACCUCAAAGGAAAGCUGUAGCCGUAGAUUAUGGAGAAGCGGGUAACCUGUACAAAGUAGAAUCACAGGUCGAUCAUCAGGACAGACAUCGUUGUAUACCGAAAUGUGAGCAAUUCACACAGUGCCAUGCGCAGAAUUCAUACAGUGCAAUACGCAGAGUGUAGCGAGUCAGUCGAAUGGAUCGCGCCGCACUCGUGGUCCCGGCU